AUGGAAAACAUGGAGAAUAAAGAGGAGGCGCGAAGGGAGGGCGAAACGCCACUCAAGCACGGCUGCCAGGAUCUGUGGACAUGGAAUCGGCGCGAUAGGUCGCCAGAAGUGUGGCUGAGCGGCCCGGGAAAUCGAGUGGUGCACUUCCAUCCCAACUGGAGCAAGGGAACGGCGGGCAUCAGGGGAACGAGAAUCCUCAACAAUGGACGCUACUAUUGGGAGCUGAAGCUCUCCCAAAGGGUCUUCGGCACGAGCAUGAUGUUCGGGAUUGGGACAAAACAUGCGCGCCUGCACGUGAAUAGCUUCAUAAAUCUCCUGGGCGAGGACAAGAACGGAUGGGGAUUAUCGCACAAAGGACUUCUCUGGCACAACGGCGUCGCCUUGCACUACACCAAGAAGUUCAAGGAGAAUCAGAGCACGACUGUGGGUCUGCUGUUCGACGGAAUCGCCGGGACAUUGACGUAUUACAAGGACGGAGGAUGUCUUGGAGUGGCCUUCCGAGGUCUCAACGAGGUGAAUGAGCCUCUGUACCCGAUUGUGUGCUCCACGGCGGCCAAAACGGAGAUGUUUCUGUCUGAGUGUCGUCGCGACUUCGUGAAUCUGCAGGAUCGCUGCCGUGCUGCCAUCGUGAAGAGGGUGAAGAAGCGCGACGACAUCCCCCAGCUGAAUCUACCACCGCGAAUAGCCAAAUAUCUCGAAGAGAAUCUCUGCGAUUCCACGGCUCCCCUCAUGCCUGUCGACAACUUCGACAUGUACAUGAUUUAAGGACAUUCCAACACAACACUUUUUGCGAAUAAUUGCAUAAACUAACCAAAAUUAUUUAGCAUAAACAUAUUUUCUAGUCACUUGAUAAUAAUAUGAAAAGAAAGAAAUCCAUGAACAAAACUUAACCAUAAGAGAAUCUUAAUAAUUUUUACAAUAUUUAGAUAAAGUAAAAGGACAAAGGAAGAAAUAAUCUGUGGUAACAAUGGAAAAACCGCUGCACAAAAGACAAGAAACGAAACAGUCACACUCUGGCUUUGGUGUUUGUUUUCUCUCCCCUGUGUUUUUUCUAAGAAAUCGUAUAAAGACAAGAAAUUGUGAAAUAUUUUCGUAAUCAAUGUCUAGUCAUUUUUUUUGGGUAAAUCGUAGAAAUAGUAAUCUUGUAGUGUUUAAUGACUUAAGAAUAUUUUAGAAUGAUAUUCCCGUGGAGUUCUAGGAGUGCCAUAAAUGUAUAAUUCUUCUAGUCAUAAAGCCAUAAUGUUAAGUUUCAUUCCUUAUUUUUUAUUUUCCAUUUCUAUUUUGUCAUUUCAGUUCUAUAUAAAAGGGAAAAUUGUAAUGAUGUUAAAUUUAUUGAGUUCACAGAAUAGUGUAGUAGAUGAUCUCUGUGAAUAGUUUUAUAAUAUAAAAUCCUAUCUAGUCCAAUUGUUUGCCGAGGAUAUUUUGGGAAGGAAUUUUCAAAUUCCGUAGAUUAUUUGUAAAAUAAUUCGUGAAAGAGAAUCAAAAGAAAAUAGAGAUGUCUAGAGAAUGUUCAACUCACCCUUCCCGGAAGUGUCCUCGUAAAUGGUAGUGCAAGGUAUUUUGUUAGGUGUCUCCUUUUUGGACGUAUUACAUUUAAGUGCAAUAUAAUCGACACAUCCCACACAAUACCAUACACAGCACUGUCUCUUGAAUCUUCAGAACGAAAGCCCCCAAACAGUAAAGUCAUCCAGUCAAAUGUACGAUUCCAAAAGGGAUUUCAUGGUGAAAUUAAUAAAAGACAACUUACGUAGUACUUUUGAGAAAAGA